UGUCAAAUGGACAAAAACAUUAUCAACAUAACCAAAAACACCAACAUUUCGAGACCUUACAACAUAUUUUUAGUGGACAAAUCGAGUUUGGUGUCAUGUUAAACCUAAUUCGUGUCGUAAAGGUCAUUCAGCAUUUACGUUUUAACACACCUGGCAAAACUUUGACCAUUAUCUGUCCCGUACAAAACCGAAACUUUUGCAGCGCUCAGUCGAAGGACCUUGAUGAUCCUAUCAAAGAGCCGUUAGACUUCAGUGAAUUAAAGUUUGUCAGCAAAGUACCGCUAACGCCUCAUGUGACGCCGAUAAAUCUUGCAAAAGUCGAUCGAAUCAAAAUUGACGACGAGACCAUUCGAUUGUUGGAACGGUUGUCGCUGGUGAACGUUGCCAAUGAAGAGGCGGUUCGCACACUUGAAGAUUCAAUAGAAUUUGCCAGCAAAAUUCUUCACAUCGAUACAACAGACGUGGAACCGUUGUACACAGUGCUCGAAGAUCGAAAUUUGUAUUUGCGUGAGGAUAUCGAAAAUGAUGGAAAUUGUCGGGCUGAAAUUUUGAGCAACGCAAAGGUCACAGAAGAAGAUUAUUUCGUUGCACCACCCGGUAAUAUUCUUGCAGAUUUUGAUAGCAUCGAGAACCGUAGCGAAAAUCGCAAUGAUUAGACAACCGAAAAGUCUUCAGCAAAUAAUUGAAAUUUGCCAAAACGCCGGCUUUAUCAGCGGUAAAGUGCAAAAUAAUUGGGUGAAAAAUGUGCAGUUCCUUCCAUUUGGUUCCUUAUUAAGUCAGAAUAUACUAAACGAAUGGCAUAACGUUGAUAGAAAUGUAAAUAUUUAUUUCCAACGGGACGGUUCUACGCGUCCAGGUACUGCCGAUUCGUUGGCCUAUUAUCGAAAUCGUGAACUUCACACGAAAAUCGAUUUGAUCAAGAAGCACUUCGAAUUCGAAAUUCCAUUCGGUGUGGCUGAGAAUUUAAUCGAUACCAGUACGGACGAAACUGUUGCCGAAAAUGAUGUUGGUUUUGAUAUUCAAGGGAAAACCCUAUUGUCAUGUUCGUACUUCAUCGACGCCAAUGAAUCGAACGAAAUGUUCUAUAAAAUUCAACGACAGCGGAAAAUUUGGUGGAUGAAAUUCGCCGCAAAUCCUGGACGGUUUUUUAUAUCCGAUUUGAAAACGGAUUCGAUCAACGAACAGGCCAUGCAGACCGUUUCGGUUAAAUCGAAAUUUCCAUUCGGCAACAUUGAACUAGAAAAAUUGGAACUCAUUCCGUAUCGGUGCUUUUCGCCGAAACUAAAGUUCCUUGAUGAGCUGAAGAAAAUUACAGCCACUACACCCAAUAUCAUCAGAUCGUCGAUGGUUUUGGAGAGCGGCACAUUGGCCACCUUAAUCGAUGCCGUCGACACAGGCACUACAACCGAAAUAAAUUUCCACCGCAAAAUCGCACCGUACCAAUGCAGUAUUUUCGUAACCGUAUCCGAUCAGUCCAACCAACCCGAACUGCACGAUUUGGCCAAAUAUGUAGCGUCGAUGCUGCGUCGUGCCAACAUUUCCACAUUGAAUGCACCCAAAUGUUUUGUCACUGGAACGGACGCUUUGAACGAAGCGUUACGCGAAAUGGAUAACAUUGGCGUUCCGUACGGACUUUUGUUGGACGAAGUCAGCUUGAAGAAUGGUUUGAUUCAGUUACGAAAUCGGGACACUACCAUUUCGGAAACCAUUCAUUUGAGCGAUGUUCCUGAUUAUUUGUUGAAGAUUUUUCGUUCGUAAUUAGUUCGAAUUAGUGUAGUGUUAAGCUGCUUCGUAAUUUUUUGUUUUGUUAAGAUUAUUUUCGAAGGAUGAAUGCGAUAUAAGAGUUGCACAGGCAAUCGCAUUAAAUUUGUGAAUAAAAAUCCGUGAUUUUCGAUCGAAA